GUGGGUGCUUCCCAUGGGCUGCUCCUAGCCAAGACAGAGCCUAGCCAAUAACUGAGCGUAUUGGGACUGUUCCUUAGGAAACCAGGGGCUUUAGCUUAAGGACUCCCAGAGGUCUUGCUGAACCUUCCUUAGACUGCAUGGCCAUUUAGGAGGCAUCUACCUGAUUUAUCUCCCUCCUUCACUGUGUCAGAUUUGCAUGGAAGUCUGAAGUGUUCCCAGCUUUUAUCAGCUCUGUCUCCAUUUUUUUCUCGCACAGACAUUUCUCCUAAUAAAAUAUUUGUGGGUUUAAUCCCAUUUUGGUAUCUGCAGAGUACCACAACAACCAAAUGCAAUGUGUUUUCCUUGGAUUGGGUCCUGUCCAGAAAAAUGGACAUUAGUGGGAUAAUGAAUGACAUUUUAAGAUUUUUAACUUUUUCUGUAGAUUAGUUAAAAGUAUUGUGCCAGUAUUAAUUUCCAGGUUUUGAUAAUUGUACUGUAUUUACAUAAGGUGUUAACAUUGAGAGAAGCUGGGGGAAAAGUGUAUGGGAAUUCUAAGUCUGAAAUUAUUUCCAAAUAAGUUUUUAAAAAGUUUUAAAGUUAUAUACAAGAGAAAACAAUUAUUCUAUCACAUCUAGGUAAAAAUAACAAAUGCGUGUUUGUUUUCCUAUAAUCCUCUGGCAAAUGAAAUGGUGACUACUCAAAAUUUUUGGAAAUGACAGUGAUGGAAACGAGGAGAUAUGAGAAUGACCUGAGGAGGGUUUUCAAAUUACAGAAACUUAACGGCUUUUUACAUUCUUCCCAUUUCUCUCCAGCAGACUCCCUCAAAUAGGGGUAUGUUAAUCUAGGGAGGAGAGUAAGAACACUGAGUAUAAACAGUACCACUAGAAAAAUAGACUGGAAAUCUAAAUACUCAUCCAAACAACAGAAUUGUUCCUAAAGGAUUUUUUUAAAUGAUUAUUUAUUUAAAAAUCACACCGUUGUAAUUGUCAAAGAAUUGUUUACUGUUCAGGGGCUGAUUUAAUUCCAUAUGAUAGAUACAGUGACGCUUGGUGAUCAACUUGUGUACAACAGAUUGGAAGUUGAAUCUAGGGACCAGGAGCCCUUGCAGUUACAGCAGUAAUUGUGAAAACUUUAUUCUGUGCUAACACAUCUUUUUUAAGUCUUUAUUUUUUUUACAUUUGAGCUAAGUAAACUGGAAAUCACAAUCAGGAAUAAGUCAGUCCCAGAUAUUCUACGUAAAGAAUAAUCUGCUGUAGAUGGGAAAGUUUUUUUCCAAGUGUCUCUGAUUAUCUUCCACUUAACCCCUUCCCAUCUAUCUGAAAACCACCAAUUUAAGUGCUGAAUUAAUCAUUGAUGUUUGUAAAUAAGUUAGACUUUCUUUACCCAAAUGAUUUUAUUUGCACAUAUACAGCCUUUUAACUGUCAAAUAUAUUAAUAUAUGUUUUUAAAAUUACCUUUGCUGCCUUAUUUUAGUAGACUUUUUUUCCUUUUUAAAAAUGCAGAACCUUUAUAUUUAAAGAACACAAAAAUGAAAAGAAAGGUAGUGAAUGCUGGUAAGAUGAGAUUGAGUCCUAAUGAGGAAGCAGUCAUUUUAAAAGAAGAUUAUGAGAGAAGACGAAAGCUAAGAUUGCUACAGGUUCGAGAACAAGAAAGGAAUAUUGCUUUUCAGAGAAGAGAAGAUAUAAAACAGAGGAGAAAUUGGCAAUUGACUCGUUUGGCAGAGGCACUGAGGGCAGAAUGGGAAGAAUCACAAACUCAGAAAAUAAACAACUUGGAAAGACUGUAUUUGGCAAGUUUAAGAAAUAUGGGAGAAGGACACCAACAAGCCAAAGAAAAUGAACCUGAUUUGAAUGCUCUGGCACAGCAGGCAGCAGAAAGAAAAAGAAAAGCAGAAGUGAGGCAUAAAGAGGCCCUGAAAGUACAGAAAAAGCAAAAAGAAAUGUCAAUGAAACAAAAAACCUGGCACAUAAAAGCUCGAAAGGAAGCACUGCUUGCAGAAAAAGAAAGAUCUGCGAAAAUUACAAGUCUGCCACCUCCUCCUCCAGCUCUUUUUGAGAACGUUGAAGUAAAGAGAAUUUCUAAUAUGAAAACCAGUAGUUCUACCUACCAUCAUCUUUGCACUUUCGUGAAUAGAGAGACAGACACCAAACAGCCAGAUCCUCAUUUGGCUGCUGAAGAAGAAGCUAAAAGACUGGAAGAAGUACAAAAACAAGCAGCGAAAGAGAAAAUGGAACAGAGUGAAAAGGCACAUGUACGGGGUUUCCAAGCAAUGAAAAAGAUCCAUUUGGCUCAAAAUCAAGAGAAACUAAUGAAAGAACUCAAACAGCUACAGCAAGAGGACCUGGCACGUAGGAGACAGACUGUAGCACAAAUGCCACCACAACUAGUUGCACUUCCAUACAAACGCAGUGAAAUGAAAGAAGACUGGCAGAGAGAGCUAGAGUUUGCCUUUGAAGACAUGUACAAUGCAGACAGGAAGGUGAAAGGAAACCUGAUUUUGCACCUUGAACCAGAGCCUUUGCCCACUGUGACCGAUCAGAUCCAGGACGAAGAUCUGGACCUUUCAGUGGAACAAGAAAAUUUAGGUGAAACUGAAAACCCUCCAGUGACAGAAGCUGAAACAAUAUGUCCUAGUGAAGCAGACGUUCCCUUGGCAAUGAAGACCCAGCAGCUCCCUUCAAAAAUUCUUUUCAAAAAAUUAUUAAAUAAGAUCCGAAACCAAAAAUCUCUCUGGACAAUUAAAUCCAUGUCUGAGGAUGAAAGUGAAACGAUUACGGCUGUUAGUGAAACUGAGAGUAAAGAACCAACAGUUGAAUCAGAAACAACUGCUAUUGAAGAGGGAACAUUGUCCUCUGGGCAGGAACAAGUUGAAAGUGAUAUGCUAACAGUUGACUCUGGACCACUUACUAGUGAAGAUCAAUCAGUUUCUUGUGAUGCAGACUCUAAAAUGGAACAAGAAAUAAAUGAGACCCAGCCUAUCACAGCUGUAGCUCAGAGUUCAGUUCUUCUCCAUCCUCAAGAAGCAGCAGCCAGAAUUAGAAUGGCAGCAAGACAGAAACAGAUAAUGGAAAUAGAAGAGCAGAAACAAAAGCAAUUGGAAUUACUUGAACAAAUUGAAAAACAGAAGUUAAGAUUAGAAACUGAUUGCUUCCGGGCUCAGUUGGAAGAAGAAAAAAGAAAGAAAACUCAACAGACUGAGGUUGGCACUGCUCCAGUAUCAUGCGCCAUAAGUUCUGAUGAAGAUAGCCAUAGGCGAAUGAUUCGAAACUACCAACAUCAGCUUUUACAGCAAAAGAGGUUUCAUAGACAGUCUGUUGAAACAGCCAGGAAACAAUUACUUGAAUAUCAGACUAUGUUAAAAGGAAAGUACCCAUCCAUGCCAGCUGCAUCAUUGAUUUCUGAUUCUGUUGUAUCAGUCCCACCAUGGAAAUCUGAAAGACAGACUCUUAUAUCAGAACAUUGGGAUCAAGGUCAGAGACCCAAGUUGAGUCCUAGCAAAUACCAACCUAUACAGCUAACACAGAUCCCCCGAUUAGAACAAGAUUUUUUUCAGAUUCCAAGACAAAAUCACUUUCCACAGAGACAGGUAGAAACAACAGAAACAGAUGUUUUAGCCAAGAAAUGUUUGGAAUCACAAGAACAGCCAAAGCAAUUUUCACAGACUGAAACAUAUCAGAGAGACACUAAAGCAGUCCCUAAAGAUUCUCAUAUACUUUUAAGGGCUUUAUCACAUGAUAGGCCCCUAAUACUGCAGCAUGCCAGUGAAGUAGCUGAAACUUUAGACUCCCAGCAAAUGUUCUCGGAGAACAAUGAAAAUACAUCUGCCAAGCCAACUGAACCUUCUUCAUUCUUACCACUGGUAGCUGAGCAUUCUUGUACUUCUCUUCCUACUGACGUUGAAUCUGGAAAAAUCCAGGAACCCUUUUCAACCAUGAGCAAAAGUGCAGUUUCCUUAAGCCAUUCUGUAAUCAGCCAAAGUCAGGGUAAGUCUUUGCCAUCCUCAGAGAACAUCACAGCCCAGCAAGGUAAUUUGAAGGCUCUCCAAGAGCAGUUAGACCUACAGAAGAAAGUUCUGCGGUCCAGACAGGAAGCCCAGGAACAGUUGCUUUUGGGCAAACAGAAAGAAUUUGAAGGGCAAACCGGCAUCUCUGUAUUCCUUCCAUUGGUACCUCUAGAUUCAUUUGCUUCCGUGCCUUCUGCCAAAGUUGAAUCAGGGAGAAUCCAGGAAUCUUCUCCAUCCAAGAAUGAUACUGCAGUUCCUGCAGGCCAUCCUGGGGCCCUACGACUUCAGGAUAGUCCUUUGGAUUUUUCACAGCAAGAUAAUUUGAAAUUUCUUCAGGAACAGUUAAAUAUUCAGAGGGACAGCCUUCAGGCCAGACGGGAAGCCCAGGAAGUAUUGUGUGUACAUAAACAGGGUGAGCUGGAUGAAAGAGUAUUGUCUAAACAGACUGAGCCACCUUCUCUCCCCUCGCAGGUAGCUCAGAAUACAUUUACUUCAUUAGUUUCUGCUGGUACUCAAUCUGGAAAAAUCCAGGAGCAGUAUUCAUCUAAGAGUGAGGAGAGACUUCUCUCAAGCCAAUCUGAAAUCCCCAAAUCUCAGGAUGGCUCUUUGAGCUUCUUGCAGCAGUUCCUACCUUUGCACGAUAGUUUGAAGUUGCUCCAAGAGCAGCUGACUGCACAGAGGGAUGCUCUUCAGGCUAGGCACGCAGCCCAGAUGGAAUUACUUUUACGUAGACAAAGGGGUUUGGGGGACGAUAAGUCUGGACAGAUGAGUUCUUCAUUCCCACCGAUGAGUGCCCAACGUUCAGUUGCUUUGCAAGCUUCUGCUAAAACGGAACCUAGAAGAAUUCAGAACCUUUAUUUGUCCGAGAAGGAGAGUACUAUUCCUGCAAGUUACUCAGUGAUCCCAAAAUUUCAGGAUGAGCCUCUCAGUUUUCCACUGCAAGAAAACUUGACAACGCUCCAAGAACAGUCACACAUACAAAGGAUAAUAACUGGUGCUAAACAGGAAACUCAGGAAUUUGAACACAAACAAAGUGAAUUAGAAAACGGAAUUUCUUCCAAACAGACUGGCACCUCUUUACCCUUAUUGCAGGUAGAUGAAUCUGAAAGAUGCCGCGGAUUUCUGUCAAGUGGCAGUGCAGGUUCCUUGAGGCAUUCUGAGGUCCCAAGAUUUCAGGAAAGAUUUCUGAGAUUUUCACAGGGUAAUUUGGAGGAGCACCAACAAUGGCUAGACACAAAGGAGGCCCUUCAAUUUAGCCAGAAACCCCAAGGAAAUACACCUUUUGAACAAACUGGUUCCUCCUCAUUCAUGCCCCAGUUAGGACAGCUUUCAUUUACUUCAGUGCCUUCUGAAUCUGGUAUAGCCCAGGAACCUCUUUUCACAGACAGUGAUGGUAAAAUUCCUUCAAGCCAUUUUCAGAUCCCACAGUUGCAGGAUAGGCUUUUGAGGAUUUCACAACUUAUCCAGCCUCAACAAGAUAAUUUGAAGGCGCUUCAAGAACGAUUAGCUGCACAAAGGGAAGCCAUCAUUCAAUCUAGGCAAAAAGCCCAGAAAGAAUGUAAACAGAGUGAGCGGAGGGAAGGAAUGAGAUCUCCUGAGCGGGUUGGCACCUCUUCCUUACCCCUAAGCGUACGUUCAUUUACUUCACCACCUCUUACUGAAUCUGAUAGAAUCCAAGAACCUUGCCUGACUGAGAGUUAUACAUCCUCAGGUCAUUCUGAGAUACCAAGGUUGCCUGAUAGCCUUUUGGGUUUAUCGCAGCCUGUUCCACAAGUUAUAUUGCCCGGACAAAAUAAAUUUGAGGAAAAGUUAUCUUCUGAGCAUUUUAUUCAACCUCACCAUCAUGAUUUGAUGGUACUUGAGCAGCAGUUAGAUAUACAAAGGGAAGCCAUUCAGUUUAGACCUGAAGUCCAAAAAGAAUUGCUUUUGCAAAGACUAGGUAAGUUGGAGAAAGGGUUAUCAUCUGAGCAGGCUAGCCCCUCUUCAGCUUUAUCACAGGUAGCAUUGCCUGUUGUUGACCCUGAAAGAAUCCAAAAGUCUUUUCCAAGCAGAAGUACCAAUACUACACCCUCAAGUCAUCCUGUGGUCCUCAGAUCACAGGAUAGGCUUUCGAGUUUCUCACAGCCUGUUCUCCCUCAGCAAGUUCAUUUGACAGCACACUUGGACUUGCAAAGGGAAGUGGUGCACUCUGAUGAGAAGGCCCAGGAAGAUCUACUUUUAACCAAAAAAAGUAAGUUGAUUGAAAGUGGAUCUUCUGAGCAUGCUGUUCCCUCUUUGUUUCUACCCAAGGAGAGAGAGCAUUCAUUUAUUUCACUACCUUUUGGUGAAGUUACAUAUAAAGACAUUUGUGAAUUGGAUUCAUCCAAGAAUGAACAUGCAGUUUCUUCAAGCAAUUCUAUGGCCCCAAAAUUCCAAGGUAGACUUUGGAGUUUUUCACAGCCUGUUGUAGCCCAGCAAGAUAACUUGGGACUUCAGAAGCAGUUGGAUCUGCAAAAAGAAGAAGAGCUGCUAGUACACAGACAGACAGCAUUGCAGCAGCAGAUACAGAAACACCAAGAGACUUUGAAGGAUUUCUUAAAAAACAGUCAGACAAGCAAACCCACUUUUGAAAAGGACUUAAAUCCCCAGAUGCUCAGAGAGUGGCUUCCUCUUCUCCAAGACCAAACAAGAGAUGAUCAUGGAAGCAUGAGUACUGCAGAUAAGAGCAACUCUGAUGAUAAUCAGCUGCUUUCAGAAGGUGAGCAUCUGAACAAAGAACUGGGUAGGAGAGCCUCAAAGCCACCUGUAGCAAAAGUUAAAUGUGGAUUGGACUUGAACCAACAUGAACUUAGUGCUAUACAAGAGGUAGAAUCACCAGCAAGUGGUGGCAGACCUUCUGUACUAGGUAAAACAGACUUUUAUCAAGACAGAGACCCCCUGAGGGUUUCUAUAAGUCGAGAACAAAGUUUCCUUGGGACCCCAUUGGACCGUGACCCAUUUGUUCAUCCUCACUCGAUUGCCCAGGAGAAUGUCUGUGGUGACGACUCUAAUAAAGCAGUCACCGUCAAGGAGGCUGUGGCUGAGAAUCAUGCAGUAUUAAGUUAUGCUGUGGACAGAGAAGAACAUACAUACCUGAGUCCAGCUGUGAAGCCAGAUAAUAAGGCUGAAACACAAGACAUUUAUCAUGAGCCAUUAUCUUCAAUAACUAUUUCUACUGGGAGCUUAAGUAAUGAAAACACAGAUUUGAGCUUUACAGAUCCAGAGUCAUUUUCAGAGCAUGUGGACCAUAGGGAUCAAGAAUCUACAACUGGCAAAGAAGCAGCAGCAAUUAUUUUAAGUUCUGCGGUUCCUCCAGCACAAGUAACUGAUCAAAGGCAGGACUCUUGGGAUGUUCAUAAACCUCUGUCACCUGCAGUGGAAAAAUUUACAUCUGGUCAAGCACACAUUCAGCGGACAAUAGACAAGUACAUAAAUGAAGCAAGUUUGAUGACUGAAAAAUCAGACCUGCAGGCAGUUGACCUUGACUUUCCAGAACUGGAAUACGUUUUUCCCAACUUGCAUUGUCAGCUGUUUAAACCCUUAGAACCGCAGCCAGAUUUUGAUUUGUCAUUAUCCUCUGGGAUUUCUCAAGAAAGCAGAGACAUUUACCAGAGCUCAGAUGCUUCAUGUGAAAGCCACCAUGCAGCUAUAUCCUCCAAAAGUACAGCUUCCUUCACAGCACUGAGGAGGGCCAGCCUGCAUUCUCCUCUGAACACAAGCCUGAGCCAGCAACCUGACCCUAACUUGGCUCACACUGCAGCUCUGAGUUUUGGCACAGAAAAUAUUAUUGAGGGAUCUGAAAAACCUUUUCAACAGCUUCUGCCAGAAUUUUCUUCACAAGCGGGAAGCCAGCAUGCUAAUCUACCAAGUAUUUUUAGCACUGAAGCAAGAGAUUCUUCCCAAGGCAUGGAAAAUCAGACCUACUCCUGUGAACCUACUGAAAUAUUACAAAAUAAGGGGGAAAAUGUUCAUUUUCAGCUCUCUGUAGGAUAUUUGCAAAGUUCAGUCUUCAGUUCAUCUGCUGAGGCUAAUGUAUUUCAUCAGUUAAAUUUAUCGCAUAGCACUCCAUGUGGUUCUACUUCUAGCGAGUGCUCCAUGAAAGACCAAUUAGAAGGCCAAAAAGAAGGACUGAGCUUUGAAGAACUAUCAGAAAGAGGGGUUGAUAAAGUGUUACAAAGUCAAGGACUCACUAAAGAAGAUAAAAGUGAAACCUGUGGAAUUUUCCAUGUAAAUCCACAUGUACAGGAAAUUGACUCACAAUUAUGUGUAAGAACAGUGGAGAUGGGAACUUCAGUUCAGAUCCCAUAUUCAUUAACUAUUCAGAAUGAAAAGUAUUUUGAGGACUCAACUAAAGCAGAAACUCCAAAAAUCAUACCAAACCUAUCUCAGCCAUCACAGUCAGAGCUCUUUUUCAGUUCUGGAUCAUUUUCACUACAGAGCUCUAUUCCAGUCUGGGAGACAGAGUCUGGCCGUGGUAUAAUGGAAGAACCCGAACUUACAUUAAUAAGCACCAGUGAUACCAGUAUUGCUGAAAUGGAUUUUGCAAACCUAACCCUAGAAGAAAAGAAAGAGACAAAAAGUUUUCAGGUGAGUGAAUUUCUGCCUCAUGUAUCAGAAACAGAAAACUCAGAUUAUCCACCUGUGUCAGAGCAUUCUAUGGAGAAGCCAACUGCAGUACCUGCAGAAACCCUUCCAAAUUUUACACCUGUACCAGGAAGCUUACAAGAAGCAUUUGUAAAGAGAAAAAAAUCAUUCAUAGAGAGAUCCUGCCAGAGACAGAAAGAAAUAAAGAAUAAAAUACAUGUCUUUAAAACUUCUGAAAGCCAAGUAAUUAAGGGGAAGCCUACAGGUUCAUCUGCAAGUUGCCUAAAGAUCUUGAACAAACCCGAAGACAGACAGACUGCACAAGCCCUCAGGCACCAGAGGGCUCUAAGAUUACACAGUCGGUUAGCUGAAGUGAAACAGCAAAAGGAAGAGAAAGCAAAGCUAGAAGCUUAUGCCCAGAACAGAGCAAGGGCAAAAGAAUUUCACAAGAAAACACUGGAGAAACUUCGAGCCAAAAAUGCAUGCUGACAUCUACAAAAAGUGUAAAGGAUUUUUAUUAUUUGUAAUAUAGGCACAA